GCACGAGCUGGGGGCUGGGGGGCACCUGCGUGAACGUGGGCUGCAUCCCCAAGAAGCUCAUGCAUCACGCCGCUCUCCUGGGAGGCGCCAUCGGGGAUGCCCGCCAUUACGGCUGGGACACGCCGCCGCUGAGGGAGCACGACUGGAGUCAGAUGGCCGAAGCGAUUCAGAACCACAUCAAGUCCUUGAACUGGGGCCACCGUGUACAGCUGCAAGAACGGAAAGUCAAAUACAUGAACGUCCAGGGCAGCUUCCUGGACAAGCACACGGUGCGAGGCGUGACCAAAGCAGGGAAGGAGAUGGUCUUUACGGCCGAGCACAUCGUCAUCGCCACCGGAGGGAGGCCCAGGUACCCCGAUGAUCAAAGCUCCAGGCUGGGGGCAGACGCCUCCGUGGCAGCUCCCCGCCGUGCCCCGGCCUGUGCCAAGGAGUCCCCGAGCCCGUGCUCCAAGGCGGCCUCCCUCCUUCGGCUCAGGGCCCAGGUGGUCCAGGCCAGACCCUGGGAGACUCCCACCCAUACAUAUCCGCCAGCCAGGUGUCCGGCGUUGGCCUGGAGCCCUCUGGCGAUGGGGCACCCUCUGCCUCCCCGGCUCUCCUUGGUAAAGAAGCCUCAGGCGGCCUCCUUGGACCUCCCGCCGACAGCCCUGGGGCACGUGGCCGCUGCUCGUGGCUCCAUCCUUGGGCAUCUCCGCUUCCCCUGGCCCUCCGCACUCGCCCUGUAG